AUGGCCCCCAUGACCCGCAACCGCGGAGUGCCACUCACAGAGGGCACUUCCGAGAAACCGAACCGAGAGGGCCUCGAAAGGAGGCCUGCUCAUCACCGAAGGAAUCCCGCCCUCGCUGAAGCAAGCGGGAUGCCAGGCGUGCCCGGUAUAUUCCAUCCGUCACAAAUUGGCGGCUGGCGGCAUGUUGUGAGGGGUGUCCAUGACAGGGGUGACUUCAUCUACGCUCAGCUGUGGCACGCCGGUCGGGCAACGAUUCCGCACAUGACGGGAUCCCCGACAUUGAGUGCUUUUGCGACGCCGUGGGAUGAUGAUGAAAAGUUCCCCUUCCGAGACCCCGUCACGAAGGAGAAGAUAUCGUAUAAGGACCAUCCACCUCAGGCCAUGUCCCUGGAGGACAUGGACCGCACCGUUGCCGACUUUGUCACUGCAGCUAGGACCGCUAUCGAAGUUGGCUUUGAUGGCGUCGAGAUCAACGGCGGUAAUGGUAACUUCCUUGACCAAUUUCUUCACUCAAACAUAAACAAACGAACAGACGCGUACGGUGGCAGCCCGGAAAAGCGAGCUAGGUUCCCACUGGACCUCCUCUCUGCCGUCGCCAGCGCAAUCGGCCCUUCCAACGUCGGUAUUCGCUUGGAGCCGACGGGAAUCUACAAUCACACCCGCGGUACCGAACGAGUAGAGACUUGGGCCUAUCUCUGCUCCCAAACCGCCCAUACCUACGUCGGCAAAGACCGCUUAUCUUAUGUGCAUUUCAUUGAGCCCCGGCUCGACCGCAUCGAUUCCCAGGCCGAAAAGGAUGGCUUCUAUCGCAAUUGGAGCCUCCGAGAGGUCUCAAAUCUUCAUUUCCGGCAGAUCCUCGAUGGCACGCCCGUCUUCACUUGCGGCGACUGGGGUUCUGGGAAUUUUGAGCAGGCACUGGAGCGUGGAUGGGAUGCAGUUGCGUUUGCCAAAUGGUUCGUGAGCAACCCCGACUUGCCCGCCCGUCUCAUGAACGGCGCUCCGCUGCAUCAUUAUGACCGAAGCCGGUUUGACGGCUCUUGGGACGGUGUGAGAGAGACCGGGUAUGUUGAUUAUCCCACAUUUGAGGAUGAGACUAUUGUCGAACAUGGUCAAGUCACCGAAAAGUGA